CUAACCCUCAUCACUUCCUUUAUAACCCUCCCCAUUUCCUCCACUCUUCUUCACAAUGCUCCUCAUACUAGCUCUAUAGAAGCAUCCUCUCUCCUUUCCUCUCUCCUUCUGCACUUUUUUCUCAACCCGAAACCAUGAUCAAGACCUUGAAUCCUUACCCCAACCCAGCAAAAACUGCUGAGAUCAUGUCUAGGUACAGACCUAUAGCUCCCAAGCCUGAACCCGCUCCAAACUCCACCACCGAGGGCUCUUCCUCUCUCCCCAAGCAAUCUCCUUACCUUAGGAAUUUAUGGCCCCAGUUGCAAGCCAGGCCUACCAGAACCAGAAAGAGAGGUAGAACUCCUUUCACACUACCCCAUUCCUCCCUCAAGAGACCCAGAACACAUUUCUUAGGCUUUUGUCCCCCUUAUCAUGUAACCUCCCCACCAAAGAACCUUUCCUUACAGGGUUUUGCUCCUUCACCACUCCCUCUUCCCCAUCCCACCCAUGCACAUCCCGUCCAUGGACAUCCCACCCAUGCACAUCCCAUCCAUGGACAUCCCACCCAUGGACAUCCCACCCAUGGACAUCCCAUCCGUGGUCAUCCCACCCAUGGUCAUCCCACCCAUGGACAUCCCACCCAUGGACAUCCCACCCAUGGACAUCCCACCCAUGGACAUCCCACCCAUGGACAUGCACUUGGAGUGCUCAAUCGCAACAUGCAAACAAACACUGUCAUCAGUCCUAGUUUAGUGACACUUCCUCUUCUUCCUUGUUCUCCUGGAGGUCCUGCACCCAAAUUGGACUCCAUAACAACAACACUGAAGCCUUGUGGGGGAGGGAUGAUAGAUUUGAACACCAAAGUGAGUGUUCCUGAGGAGAGAGAUCUCUUGCAACAACUGCAGAAGCCAGUUUCCAACAAUGUUAUACAGCCUCUGCCGGUUCGCCCCAUUGGCUCUUCCAUAACUGUUGUGUGCAUUGGUGAAGACACAGCUCUGCCAUCUGUGGCUCGAACCCCAAAAGGGUCUCGUCAGGUGGAAAAAGAGGUUGAAUCUGAGACCUUGCCGGUUGUCAUAUCAGACUCAAAGCACAGGGUGAGGAUGGCAAAUUCUGCAUUCAAGGAGAUGGUGGGUCAGCCAGAAUGUCCUUGGCUCGAGUCUAUGGUGAACGUGGGUGCCGGAAAUCUGCCAUGCAAGAGGAUCAGUGGGGAUGUAGCACUGCAUCUUUGCGACUCAAAGUUUCCAACUUCUGCAAACGGAUUCUCUUGCUGGGUGAAGAUAGAAUGGCAAAGUGAGCUGAAGAAGUCCAGUGUUAACGCCUUCUGUGAGGUUAUGAAGUUGACUUGUGAAUCCAGGGACUACCUCUUCACAUGGAGGUUCCACACUCGUUCCAGGGAAGCUCCUAAGCCAAGUUGCACCGCUUGAAAAAGUUGAAAUCAAUAUCGCAAUGAAUGCACAUACUGUUCUACUCGAGUCUCUCUAGUAUCAUGAUUACCUUUCUUUUCUGCUAUCAUACAUAUAUUUAUAUAUGUAUAUGUAUGCACAUAGGUAUUAGGGAGAUGAUCGAAGAUAGUUUCUAUGUUUCUUAGUAUCGUGUCGUCAAGAACUAUUAAGUACUUGAUUAGUAUUAUUUACUAAUAAAUUAUGUCUAUGUAUCGAUGUAUCCCUCUCUAAGAAGUCCUUCUGGAGAGGAGAAACAUCAGAAAAAAAUAAAUAAAUCAGUACUGUUAUUUAUAAGUUGUUUCGCAGAAAAUAAAAAACUGCCUUUGUUUCUUGGUUA